AUGGCUACUAGGCCGCUUCGAGAAGCGCCACGAGAUCUAGACUCAAUAGCCAAACAAGAGGAAGGCCUCAUCCUACCACAUUUCACCGCCGACGAUGCCCUGGAGAUUGGCCUUUCAAUCCGCAACCGGCUGAGAGCCCUCACCCAUCUGUCUGCAGUUGUCAACAUCUCGCUUGCGAACAGCAACAAUCUUCUCUUCCAUGCCGUCAGCCGGCCUGGCGUACAACCUGACAAUGAUAUCUGGGUGGCCAGAAAGAGAAAAACAGUACUCCGAUGGGGCGUCAGUACAUGGUUCAUGCACAACAAGAUGCAUGGCGAUGAGGAGGCGUUCAAAAAGAAGUACAUGCUGGGCGAGUCUGCCGGCGAGUAUGCCAUUCAUGGAGGAGGUCUGCCCAUCAGGGUCAAAGGCGUCGAGGGUAUUGUCGCAGUACUGGUUGUAAGUGGCCUCAAGCAGUAUGAGGAUCACCAGAUUGUCGUCGAGGCUCUGGAAGAGUUCUUAAGUAACGAAGAGAACGAGCCCACGUCACAGACGAGUCCCGAGGCAUAG